CAGACCUGGACGCCGCCUGCCGCGGGGGACGCGCGGCCCCCGCCUCCGCCGGCUCCCACGAACCUCCAGACAAAACCCCAAUUCAGAAAGCUGUUGUGAGCGGCAGGCGAGGAGGUUUGGCCCCCACCAGGGACCCCCGCCGCCCCCGGGACGGCCGGCCGUGGGCGCGAUGAGCCAGGUGCUGGGGAAGCCGCAGCCGGAGGACGAGGACGACGACGAGGAGGAGGAUGAGCUGGUGGGGCUAGCGGACUACGGGGACGGGCCCGACUCCUCAGACGCCGACCCGGACAGCGGGGCGGAGGAGGGAGUGCUGGACUUCAGUGAUCCCUUCAGCACCGAGGUGAAGCCGAGAAUCUUGCUUAUGGGCCUGAGGAGAAGCGGCAAGUCGUCUAUUCAGAAAGUGGUCUUUCACAAAAUGUCUCCCAACGAAACCCUGUUCCUGGAGAGCACCAACAAGAUCUGCAGGGAAGAUGUUUCCAACAGCUCCUUUGUCAAUUUUCAGAUUUGGGACUUCCCAGGACAGAUUGACUUUUUUGACCCUACGUUUGACUAUGAGAUGAUCUUCCGGGGAACAGGAGCGCUGAUAUUUGUCAUUGACUCGCAGGAUGAUUACAUGGAAGCCCUGGCCAGGCUGCACCUCACGGUGACCAGGGCCUACAAAGUGAACACUGACAUCAACUUCGAGGUGUUUAUUCAUAAAGUGGAUGGUCUGUCAGAUGACCACAAAAUCGAAACCCAAAGAGAUAUUCACCAGAGGGCAAAUGAUGACCUUGCAGAUGCUGGAUUAGAAAAAAUUCACCUCAGCUUUUAUCUGACAAGCAUAUAUGAUCAUUCAAUAUUUGAAGCUUUUAGCAAAGUGGUUCAGAAACUCAUUCCACAACUCCCCACCCUGGAGAAUUUGCUAAACAUCUUUAUCUCCAAUUCUGGAAUUGAAAAGGCAUUUCUAUUUGACGUGGUCAGUAAAAUUUACAUUGCAACUGAUAGUACCCCAGUGGAUAUGCAGACCUAUGAACUCUGCUGUGAUAUGAUCGAUGUGGUCAUCGACAUCUCUUGUAUCUAUGGUCUCAAAGAAGAUGGAGCAGGAACCCCCUAUGACAAGGAAUCAACAGCCAUUAUAAAGCUGAAUAAUACAACAGUUCUUUAUUUAAAAGAGGUGACAAAGUUCCUGGCUCUUGUUUGCUUUGUCAGAGAGGAAAGCUUUGAAAGAAAAGGGCUUAUUGACUAUAAUUUUCAUUGCUUCCGGAAGGCCAUCCAUGAAGUUUUUGAGGUGAGAAUGAAAGUGGUGAAAUCGCGAAAGGUUCAGAAUCGGCUGCAGAAGAAAAAAGGAGCUACCCCCAAUGGGACCCCUAGAGUGCUGCUGUAGGUGAGGUUUCAGGAACAUCUUUUGAAAUCAGAUCUUUCAAUGAGGCUGCUGCGCUGUGUUGCACUAGAGGAAGAGGAAGAAGGAGAUUGGGACACAUGACCUAUAUUUGUUGUAAAAAAAAAAAAAUUCCUGCAACCCUCUUGAUCUUCUCUUUUUUAAAUAAAGUAAGCACUUUGAAGCAAAAACUUGUAUAUUAACAAUGAAGUGGAAUCCACUGUAAUUUCAUUACCUAAUUGUAAACUUUUAUGGUCUGUAGUCAGGAAAAUCCUGUGUGAGAACUGCCAGGAACUGUAUAUAUUUUGCACUUUUUCAUGUUUUUUUCUCAUUGGACUAAACUUUGAUAAAACAACUUUUCUAAGCUUUUUUCUGUACUUGGUGUUGAGGACAUGCAUAGUGUCUGUAUAUGGCAAUCAGAAAUUAAUCAAAAAGCGAUGCAUUGGCAAUGACUUUAUAAAUUUGGGGAUCUUUGCUACCAAUUGUUGAGAAAAAUCAUUUUUCAGUGAGCUGGAACAGAUUGGGGCGGCAAGCUCCAGGAGCGAUAAGAACUGUCCUCUGUUUAUAACUGGCAUAAACAGUUUUGUAGAAUAAUAUUAGUACCAAACUAAUCUAGAAAUUUCUAUAGCCGUGGCAGUGCUUCCCUACUCAACAGUUUUUACGAAGCUCUUUACCUCAACACACAUCUCUAUAAUCACUUUAUACAGAGGGGUUAUUUAUUUUUGCUGCAUUACCGUUCUUUAGAAUCUUUGGGACCAGAUUUCCAAGAUGGUGCCUAUCACUGGAGAAAAAGAAGAAUGUUGCUGAAUUGCAGGGUUUCUGGUGGCUUUUCUGUGCCCGCUGCCAGGCUAAAAAGUCACAUCAGAGGCCACAUCGUUUCCCAAAUGUAGGUGAUUGACAACUGCAGAUUUAAAAAUAUAUAUAUACAAUUCUGUAUGUUUGCUCCCUGUGAAAUGGGCUUGUUAUUGUGCAUCAUUUAAAAUGUUUAUUUAGGACUGUUUUUUUAUUGCUCUGUGACCACAAGGAAUGUCUCAGAUCUCUACCACAGAGCCUAAUCCUGGUGGGCAUGUUUGUCACCUCUGAGUCUCCUCGUCUGUGACAGUGUGCCUUGUGGACUCUGCCUGUUCCCACCUUAUGAUGGAACUAGAGCUCAGCUUGCCAGCAGCAUGCUCUGCACAGCUGAAAAGCCUUCCUGAAAACUUCUAAGGCUCAGUGGAAGAGGAUGGCCAGAGGAAACGUUACAGUUAACUAUGUAUUUGUUUCUAUGAAAUUCUUCCACUUAAUGUUUAUUUUAGGCUAAUAGCAAGUUAAAGGACUGCUAAAUCAACCCUCAUCCCAAACCAUUCCCCGUACAUAAUUCUAGGUCUAUCCCCAGGGUCAGUGCCCUAAGGCGUGCUGUGGGUAUUAGAAAAAAAAAUUUUUUUUAGCAGAGCCUCGUAGGGAUAUCACAGCUGGUCCUAACAAACUGUCUCAAGUUCCUAAAGCAACUUGUCCUUGAAACUAUCCCACUUCUGUAGCUUCUUUCCAUCCUCUCUCCUUCCUCUCCCCAUGUCCUAUUCCUUUGAGGCUGGUAACUGAAGUUUAAGAUGGUAGCUGAUUGGGGUUUAAGGUUUGAGACCUCCCAAGGGUCUGUGCAUUUUAGAAGGAAAUUUCUAAAAAUGAAGGCGCCCUAACUCCCUUCCUCAUGAUUCCUACUCAGAAAGCCGGGUAGUGGGAACCCAGGGUUCCAGGGAGGUCUUUUCCCUAAUUUCCAGACCUACACCCUGUUAGACCUUUGCCAACAGGCCUGGGACAUGUGGGUUGUUCUUAUAAACCUAAUUCUCUAAUAUUUUUUACACGGUGUUUCUUUUUGAAUAAAUAAAUAAAGAAUCGCUUUUCUAAUGCGACUUUAUCCUCAAGAUAGAGACAUCUGCCUAUCUGGUAAAUCACACGUUACUUAAGUAUACAUAUUAUUGUAACCAGGUGGAGCUUCCAUUUUUAAGCUGGGUAUAUGAUGGGUUUUUGUUAAAAUGUGCCUUAAAAGCCUAUUACUUCAAGAGCAAAUGAUUCUUUGGGGGAAAGGCAAAAUUAAUGCUAUGGCAUAGGACCCAAGUUCGUGGUAGUAAGUGCACUCUGAUUAAUCACACACUAGUGUAUAGAUUACUGCCUCAAACCUGUAAGCACGGCAAUGACCUCUUAGUUAAAGAGAGGUGUAGGAGUUACGUCUAAGUGUUCAGUUUUUGAAGUCUGUGCUAUUGGAAUUACAAAAAUCUCUUCUAUUCCUUUUGCAUUUUAUUUUUGAUAUGGGACUUAGCUUACUGUGAUGUGUAUGGCCCCGUUUAGGCCUCAAAUCUAAUGCUAUAAAUACAAAGUCCAAAUACUUGGCUACAGCGACUGGUCUGGAACAGUUUUUGCUACUUUUCAAAGGUUAAGAACUUGACCUACAGGUUUCUAGGGCAAUUAGAACUUCUGUGUGGAGGUGAGACUCUGGGAAUUACUAUCCUUGGUUAUUUUCAGAGAUGUAGAUUAGUGAGCAUGAGCAGGGUAAGAGUGGUUUUGAAGGAACGUGAGUCAAAAACUGGUUGACAUUCAUGGACAGUGUUAUUUUAUGAACAUAAUAUAUUUUGGACCCUUAAAUAUAAAACGACUGAAAACACAGCAAUAUUGUCAUAUACGGGUUACAUGCUCACUCUGUUUGAAACAUACUCCGGAAAAACAGCUGAACCGUCUUGAUUAUUCAAGUACAGUAUGCAUUCAGUGUAUAUGGACUGGAUAUAAUUUGUAAUCAAGUAUGGUAUUACGUUUUACUUUAAGCUGUGUGUCAUUUAUGACCCUUGUUAAACCAUUGCUUUCAAGAAUGUUAACUGCCAAUUUAAAAGUGCAUGUGAUGCGCUCAUGAUUUGGUAAGGAUCUCUUCAUUUUACUUCAGGCGUAUUCAUAACUAAUCUUUCUGGGAGCGGAAUGGACUCUUUAGUGAAGAGGAAGCCAGGUCUUUCAUAUUUGUGGGGUUGUUCACCGUACACACACGUUGCUGCUUCAUUGGCCCUGGUGGGUCCCUUGAGUAAAAUGUGUUUGUCCUGCUCAACCAGCUCUCAUUUUAUGGAAAGGAGGAUAAAGUGCUCUAUUUAAAUUGGAUUUGCUUUUAUUUUUUUUACACCCUCUUAUCUUUUACUUUUUUUUUUAAACCCUCCAAUCUCCCCACAUUUUUGAUGGGGAC